GUGAUAUUGUGUUACCAUGAAGUUUGUUUCAUUAAUAAUUCCUGCUUUAUGUAAUGACAUUGUUCUGCCUUAUAACUUCACAGAAACUAAUUGAAACCCAUAAUAUUGCAGUCUUCUCUACUUUUGGCACCCUGGCGUUUCCUUGUUUUGAUGGCUCCUACCUUCCCAAGCAAGAGAGUGCAUUUGUUCAUAAAGUCCUGGAGGAGCUGGACGCCUUCCAGCAUAGAGACAAUCAGAAAAGCGUCAUACUCUUCCCGCCCUUGCCGAGCCGACUGCGCUUUCUGAUCCACAAGACGGCGGAGAAGUUUCCAGAACUGUGCACUUUCUCCGUGGGGGAGGCAUGGAGCCGCAGAGUGGCUGUCUGCUGCUCGGAGCUCAGGUUGCCAGUGGAGGAGUGCCAUAGCGACACGGACGGGAAUGUGUGUGAACAACUGUGUUUGAGCAGCAGAGAGGUUGAGAAAAAAUCACGCUCGGCUCACAGAAAAGGCAGCAGGCGACCAGAUAAAGCUAUUUACAUCCCCCGCGCUUUGAGACGUUCCGAGUGCGAGACGACUCUCGGCUCCUCCAGCUGCUCCCCCAACUGCUCCCCCAGUCUCAGACUCUCUGACGAGUCCAGUUCAAACAACACGGACCCCCCACCGGCCAAUGACGAGCCUGAUACCAGCAGCAUCAACGAAUCGGUGGGCGAGCAGAACGCGACAGAGUGCGUCGCAGGGACGGAGCCUGUGGCCUGCGAUCAGACUCUGUCCUAUUUCAUGGCGUUGACUCUGGAGGAGGAACAGAGCAGCACAGAUGAAUCGCAAGCAACUGCGUCCUGUCAGAACACAGAGGAGACAGACGAUUACCAUCAGGAGAUUGUGGCCCAUCUGAAGGAAGAACCGGCAUCGAUAGAAAACGUCCAGAACGAUUUCUCUACCUAUGAGAACGCCUGGAUCGAGCAAGAUGAGUUUGCCCACAUCAUCGAGAUCUACGACUUCCCUUCCAUGUUCAAAACGGACGACCUGCUGGACGCUUUCUCGGAGUACAGUGAAGGAGGGAUGAAGAUUAAAUGGGUGGAUAACACUCAUGCUCUCGGCGUCUUUUCCAGCGCGUCAGCAGCGCUGCAGGCUCUGUCCAUCAAACACCCAAUGCUAAAGACCAGACAGCUGUCGCAGGCCAGUAAAAAGUCCAAAGGCAAAGUAGCGAAACGUGCAGAAUUCCUGCAGCCAGUGAAGGAACGGCCGCGCACUGAUUCAGCUGUAGCACGCAGAAUGGUGACCAGAGCUCUGGGCCUGAGAGCUAAACGCUACUGAACCCCAGGUCAUUAGCCUACUUGUUUACCUGAUGAAGAUGAUGAAGAUGAUGAUGAUGAUGAUGGACCAGCAGCCCUGUUUUAACCACUCUGUUUUAAAUAAAGUGCUAAUUUUAUUCCUGUAGAUAAGUUUUUUGUUCACCCAGAAUGUAAGACCUUCUCGCUUCAGACAGUUGUGUAAACUGAAACGUCCUAUUUUAUCGAAUACUUGCUCAGAGGCUCAACAUCUAUUCUCUGUUUAUUCCUACACAGUAAUAGCAGUUAAAUCGAACUGGUUUGCAUGUGGAAAGAAAUCUCCAGAAACACUCCAAAACACCGCAGUGUCCAUGACGUGUUGGAGUGAUGUGUUUAGAUGUUUUAAUGUUUUAUUUAUGAAAUAAAAAAAUUCUUUUUUUAAAA